GGAACGGGGCUGCAGCAUCAUCUAGCGAGCGGCGGAGCAACUAGACAGACUGCAUCCAACUGAAGAAGGAUGAGUGGGAAGACCAGAUAUAAAACCCGGAGGUCCUUUGGGGCUACGGCACCACCUUUUCUUGACUACCUGAAAGAUAUUCUUCGUCGAUAUCCUGAUGGUGGACAAAUUUUGAAGGAACUGAUUCAAAAUGCUGAUGAUGCUCAUGCAACAGAAGUGAUUUUCAUCCAUGAUGAGAGGAGCUAUGGCACUGAGAGUCUUUGGAGUGCCAAGCUUGGACAAUACCAAGGCCCUGCUUUGUAUGCAUACAACAAUGCUGCAUUUACUGAAGAUGACUGGAAAAGAAUUCAAAUGGCAGGAAGAAGUGGCAAGAUCAAUGAUCCGAACAAAAUCGGGAGAUUUGGAAUUGGCUUCAACUCCGUUUACCACAUAACAGACGUGCCCAGUAUUUUCAGCUCAGGACAUCUUGGAUUGAUGGACCCCCAAGAGGAAAUAUUUGGUGAUAAGGGGUUUCGGUGGUUUUUGGAUGAACCUGAAGACCAAGAAGCUUUGCUGACAAUGCAUGACCAGUUCCAGCCCUACAGAGACAUCGUUUCAGUUGUAGGCAAGCAAGAAUGGUCAACAAUCAUAGAGGAUCAGUACUUCUCUGGGACACUUUUCAGGUUCCCGUUGCGCAACAAAGCAUCGGAGAUUUCAGACAAUCUGUAUGAUUCAGAUAAAGUGGUUGAGCUUUUUGAUAGCUUCAUUGCAGAUGCAGACUUGAGCCUUCUCUUUUUGAAAAGUGUGAGUUCUGUGUCCUUGAUCCAUAUCAGUCAGGAUGGUACCAUUAACACCAGGCUUGAAAUAAAAUCCUCAGAACCAACAGACAUUCUUCUGAAGCACAAAGAUGAGUCUGAUGUUGAAGGCCUGACAAGAAUCAAAUUGAUAACUCUAAAUUCAGAAGAUCAGAAAAAAACACAAUGGCUUUUAACAACAUGCACCAUGAAAGAGGGAAAAGCACCAAACCUUGAUGACCUUGCCAAAAAGCUGAGUUUUUUACCCAGAGUUGACUUGGCAUUUCCGCUUGGUGAGCAGAGAGACUGUGGUCAAGGGAGAUUGAGCUGCUUUCUCCCUCUCCCAAACAACGAAUCCAACAAGACCGGUCUCCCAGUUUAUGUCAAUGCCUGCUUUGGUCUCACAGACAACAGAAGACACAUCAAGUGGCAAGAAGAAGACCAGAAACAUGAUGAACAUGCUUUGUGGAAUGAAUUGCUUGUGAAGAAGGUGCUCCCACAAGCAUAUGUGAAGAUCAUUCAAGACGCCAUCAAACUUUGUCAACAAUCUGCUCUUCCUGUAUCUUCUGUGUACAGCCUGUGGCCUGAUGUUACUCAAAUGCAGCACAAAGACAAAUGGUUCAAUGUUGCUGUUGAUGUUUUUCAUCACUUACUCAAUGGGAACAUGGCUGUUCUCUCUCUUGCCAGAGAUGAAACACAGUUUAUCCCUCUAUCAGAAGCUGUGAUACCCUGCAAUGGGCCAACAAGAGCUGAGACAUUAUCUGCCAUUAAAAGGACUUUGGUUUCCUGCAGGGAAAAUCUUGUGAGUUUACCAGCUACUGUAAUCGGAGCCAUUGAGACCUUUAAACUCACCAACCCCCAGGAUGUUAAUCCCUGCUUCAUCAGAGAGGUUCUCCACAGGUCUGGUGUUGAUAACAUCAGUGAAGAAGAUAAACUGUGUAUUUUGGAGUACAUACUGAGUGAUGGAAAAUACAAAGACCUGCAGGGACUUCAGCUUCUUCCUCUCAGUGAUGGAUCUUUCAGAACUUUCACAAAGAAAGAGGAGGACACUGCUUUGAUUGACAACAAGGAAUUUCCAAGAACACUUCUACCAUACUGCAAUCAUCUCUUCAUCCCCCAUGAUCUAAGUUCAACUUGCAGAAACCACCUGGAAGAGCUGGCCAAGCUAGAGCUGCCUGUACCUGAUUCAAUUAUCCAGUGUGCUACUGAGGCUGAUCGCAGACUUUUAAAGCUGCUGAAAGUGAAUCUCUUGGGCCCAGAUGAAGUAGGCAUUAUCCUCAUUGACAGCAUUAAGAAUGGUACCUCCAGUAGUCAAGAAACUCAGAACAUAAUGACUUGGAUUCUGCAGCAUGGUGACAUUCUUUUCUCUCAAAACCAGUCUCUAAAAUCCAAGUGUAAGGAACUGAGAUUCAUUGAAGUAAAGAGAGAGCUGAAAAGGGCUGCAGACUUUCUUAAUCCAACAGUUAAAGCGUUUAAAAUGAUCUUUGAGUCAGACGUCUUCCCCCCACCAGUAUACACAGAAUCAUCACAGAUGCUGAAAAACCUGAUAGAUCUUGGAUUGAUAAACAAAGAGGCAGAUCUGACACCAGAGCAUGUGCUCUAUGCCACCACACUGAUUGAAAAACACAAAGUAAACUCUGAAAGGGAGGCUUUGAAAAGAGCUCAGGUCCUCUUGGAAAUGCUGGAUGGCUGUAAUCUACUGUCAAAGUUUUCUGAUGAGCAACUCGAUCGCCUUAAGAUGAUGAAAUGGAUACCAUGUGAUCAGCCUGGAACUGAACAACAAAAUAGAUUUGAUAAAUCUACAAAAAGUUGUUUCUUCAGCUCAGAGGAAAUAAGACACACAAUGUAUGAAGACAUUGUUGGAGAGGUGAUGCCUCUGAUGGGGAAGCUCAGUGAUAGAGUUAACACCAAGCUUGGCCUCAAACGGCUGCCUCCACCUGAGAAAGUGAUUGAGAAUUUGUCAGUGCUGAAAUCAGCCGUGCAGGACAUGGAUGAUCCUGACACCAAUGUGGAUUUCAAGAGAAAACUUCAUAGCAUUUAUGGGCACAUGCAGCAAAACAUUUCUGAAUUUGGAGAGUUGAUGAACAAGGAACCAGACUGGCUGUGGGCCAAUGACCAGUUUGUUUCCCCUUGUGAUUUGGUUCUAAACUACCCUCAGGAUCUGGAUCUGAGCUCUUACAUUGGGAAAGUACCAACUGAAUUUUUGCCAUUCAAGAAGCUGCUUCAGAAAUGUGGUCUGAGAACGGCACUUUCCAAUGAAGAAAUUGUUGUUAUUCUUCAUUCUAUCCAGCAAAACAUUGAGGCAAGAGAACUGCCUUUUGCAACUUCAGGUGAAGUAAAGGUUUCCAUCGAGAUUCUCAACUGGUUGUGGAAAACAAAGCACAGAGUUAAGGGUGACAUCCCAGUGCCAGUCAUUACAGAAGAUGAACAGUUUACCCUGAGACCACAAUCAGAGGCACUCCUCUGUGAUGUGAACAAAAAUAAACUGAAAGAACUUCAGUUCAGUGAGGAGAAAAUGUAUCUGCUACAUGAAGAAAUUCCAAUAGCAACAGCUGAAUGGUUGAAAAUAAGGUUUCUCAGUAACUACAUCCUUGCUCCAGAGUUAAUAGGCAUUGAACAGUGUGGCCAAUCUGAACCAAUAACUACGAGGAUAAAAAACAUUCUUAAAGAGUAUGAUGAAGAUGGUGACAUCUUCAAAGAACUCAUUCAGAAUGCAGAGGAUGCUGGAGCUGAUGCCUGUAAAUUCUUGUUGGAUUUCAGAGAACACAAAGAUCCUCCUGAAAGUCUUAUUGAUCCUGACAUGGCCCUGUGUCAGGGACCAUGUCUUUGGGCCUUUAACAAUGAGCGGUUCACAGAUGAUGAUUGGAAAAACAUAGUCAGAGUUGGCUCAGCUUCAAAGGAAAAUAAAGUGGAAAAGAUUGGAAAGUUUGGACUUGGAUUCAAUACCGUUUAUCAUGUCACAGAUGUUCCCUCUAUCCUGAGUGACAACAAGCUGCUCAUACUUGACCCAAAUGUGACUCACUUGAAAAAACACAUCCAGCAGAAGGAGGUCCUUUGGGGCUACAGCACCACCUUUUCUUGA